UACAAAACGGUCACCGCCGCCGCCCACCUGUUCAUUCAUCUUCUCGCCUUACUAUCCCGCGGCUGAAGUCUCACAGUAAUCAGUAUCCAAUCAAGAAACUUCAAGUAUUCAACAAUUCUGCUUAAGAAAUGGGAGCUCUGGGGAUGGUUACGAGAUCUCUUACCCGCCAUUACUCGAAGAAGACUUCGGGGCCAUUCAAAUUACAUCAUCAGUAUCAGAGCUGGAGGACGCUGAUUUUGGAGCCCUUGUCGUCCGAAUCAGUCCAGGUGCGGCGGCUCUCCGACGCCGAUUCUGGUAUAGUUGAGGUGAAUUUGCACAGGCCGGAAACGAAGAACGCGAUUGGGAACGAGAUGUUGAGAGGGUUGAGGCAUACUUUCGAGACGCUGGAGAUGGACGACGAUGCCAACGUGGUGAUGAUCUCUAGCUCUGUUCCUAAGGCGUUUUGUGCUGGGGCUGAUUUGAAGGAACGCAAGGAAAUGACUGCAUCAGAAGUUCAGUUCUUCGUCAACUCAUUGCGAUCUACAUUUGCACUCUUAGAGGCUCUUCGUGUUCCCACUAUUGCUGUUAUUGAAGGAGCAGCAUUGGGCGGUGGACUCGAAAUGGCUUUGUCAUGUGAUCUCCGGAUUUGUGGAGAAAAUGCAGUUCUGGGAUUGCCAGAAACAGGACUUGCUAUAAUUCCUGGGUAAAUGCUCUGUCGACAUUAGUGCUUUGUAAUAUUGGAUCCUUCUUAUCAGAAACAGUAUAAUUAUCUGAAAAUGGCUUAGCCUUAUAUAGUUUCCUAUAGUACUCAGUCGAAAGAGGUCAGUGUCUAAUAGAAUUUACUUAAUAGGGCUGGUGGGACUCAAAGACUUCCUCGACUAGUUGGGAAAGCAGUGGCGAAAGAACUUAUAUUUACCGGUCGAAGGAUUGAGGCCAAAGAGGCAAUGUCCAUUGGCCUCGCCAAUUAUACUGUACCUGCAGGCGAAGCUCGUCCAAAAGCGCUUGAAAUUGCUCGAGAAAUCAACAGCAAGGGUCCAAUAGCGAUCAGGAUGGCGAAGAAGGCCAUCAACGACGGUAUCGAAGUUGAUCUGCAGGCUGCACUGGACUUGGAAGAAGAGUGUUACGAGCAGCUGCUGAACACGAACGAUCGACUGGAAGGCUUGGCAGCAUUUGCAGAAAAGCGAAAGCCGAUGUACAGAGGGGAGUAACAGUGAAGUACCCGGCCCCUUGAUAUUUUUGCUGACACAAGCAAUUUCUAGGGGAGUUUGUGCUAAUCUACUUGAGAUUUGACAUAGAUUCGUGCAUGUUAUGUUGCUAUGAAGUUUGAACUGUGCAUAUAUUUACCGUUCAUUAUAAUGACGAUGGUGAUUAUGAUCCGUGUCAGACUUUGAUGUUGCUGCUGUGUUUCUAUAUUGCUUGUUCGUGAAGAACUGGGAUCUGGUCGAGUUUGUAUCCCCUAUUAGGGAUGGCAAUUUACCCACCCAUGGGUAAUUUUGCCCAAACCCAAGUAGACCCAUCUAUUAUGGGUAGGGUUUGGGUGAUGUGUGUAUGGGUUUGGGGUUUGUAUAUGGGUUUGGGUUAGAUAUGGAUAUUAUCUAAAUGGGUAUGGG